AUGGACCAAGUUGGGAGAAAGACCUGCUUCCGCAUCUUGAUCGCAACCGACAAUCAUCUGGGCUAUGCCGAGAAGGACCCAGUUCGUGGCCAGGACGCCAUGAACACGUUCAGAGAGAUCCUCACACUUGCACGCGACCAGGAUGUCGACUUUAUCCUUCUCGCCGGUGACCUCUUUCAUGAAAACCGCCCCAGCCGAACUUGUUUGCAUCAGACGAUUGCUCUGCUCCGCCAGUUCACGUUCGGCGACAAGCCAGUAUCAUUCGAGCUGUUGAGCGAUCCCAUGGAUGGCGCGGCGCCGGGCUAUGACUUUCCAGCUGUCAACUAUGAGGACUCAAAUCUCAACGUUGGCAUCCCCGUGUUUUCCAUCCAUGGCAAUCACGAUGACCCACAAGGGACAGGUCCGGAAGGCGCUCUAUGCGCCUUGGAUGUUCUAUCCGUAGCAGGCGUCCUCAACUACUUUGGCAAGGUGGAUCUCCCAUCAGGGCAGAACAACCAGUCGAAUACUGAGAACGAUACUGUCAACAUUCGUCCAGUUCUCCUGCGCAAGGGCUCCACUCACCUUGGUCUAUACGGUGUCGGCAACAUCAAGGACAUUCGUUUCCAUUACCAGCUUCGGUCAAAUGGCGUGAAGAUGUUCAUGCCCAGGGAUGGCGACGGAGGUAUUGCAGCGGAAGACUGGUUCAAUUUGCUUCUUAUCCACCAGAAUCGUGUCAAGCAUGGGCCUCAGCAGGCCGUGCCCGAAGGGAUGUUUGAUGACUCGAUCAAGCUCGUUCUGUGGGGUCAUGAACACGACUGUCGCAUUUGGCCUGAGCAGGUGGAAGGCAAGCCUUACUUUAUUUCACAGCCAGGUAGCUCUGUGGCAACCAGUCUGGCUCAUGGAGAGGCGUUGCCAAAGCAUGUCGGCAUUCUCUCGAUCCAGGGGGACAAAUUCCAGAUUGCAGAGGUACCUCUGAAGACCGUGCGCCCCUUUGAGAUUGACGAUCUUGAACUUGGCGAGGAGGCAGAACGCGAUGGCAACAAGAUCAAGCUCGAUGACAAGGAUACGAUCUCAGCAUAUCUGCGCGAGAAGGUUGAGGAGCUUAUUGCCAAAGCCCGUCGUGCUUGGAAGGAGACGCACGAUGAAGAAACGGAAGAGAUGAUGCUGCCGCUGAUCCGACUGCGGGUCGAGACGACUGGAGCCAAGGAGAUGACCAACCCCGUCCGCUUCGGACAAGACUUCAUCGGUCGAGUGGCCAACCCCCGCGAUAUUCUGCAGUACUACCGGAGGAAGGUUGCCACACGCAAUCCUGCCGCCAUGACGACCACCGACCGCCUCGCCAAGAUCCGAAUGGCCAAGCUUGUCAAGCAGUACCUUCAGGCGCAGAACCUGGACCUGCUGGUUGAGGAUGGCCUGGAGGAAGCUGUGAUGCGCUUUGUGGAUAAGGACGACAAGGACGCAAUCAAAGAGUAG